CAGCCCGGGCCACCGGCGGGAGGGGGCUGCAGCUCCAGCCGCGAAGGCGCUCUGUGCGGACGGUCUCGGUGCUAGAGCGGGGUGCGCUGGCGGUGCCCUGCCCGCUUGCUCUGUGCAGCUGCCCGCAGGGUGCGGCGGCGGAUUGCAUGUUCCCUGGCACACAGCGAAGGAGCCAAUGAGACCAGCGCAGUUAUUCUCGUGCAGCCUAUAGCUUCUUCUCUCUUCAGAUCCAUGAUGGAACAGUCCAGUUCAUUCUUGAUUGUUUGUAUUAGUUUUCUACUUGUUGAAGCUUCAGCACACAAUGGAACUGCAUCACCAAAUAACACAACAACACAGUCACCAGGAAAGAACAGGUCACACCAGCAACUACUGACUUCAAUGUUGAUCCUGCUUCUUGUGUUCAUCAUUUUCAUUCUUCUGGCUGGCUAUUUUUUCAGGUUCAGAAAACAUAGGAAAGCUGUUGUGACCUCCAGUGACAAAAAGAUGCCAAAUGGAAUCUUAGAAGAGCAAGAACAGCAAAGGGUGAUGCUGCUCAGCAGGUCUCCCUCUGGCCCAAAGAAGUACUUUCCUAUUCCAGUGGAGCAUCUGGAGGAAGAAAUACGGAUAAGAUCAGCAGAUGAUGGGAAACGGUUUCGGGAAGAAUUUAAUUCGUUACCAGCCCGAUGCAUGCAAGGAACAUUUGAAAUGGCAAAUAAAGAAGAAAACAGAGAGAAAAAUAGAUAUCCCAACAUCCUUCCUUAUGAUCAUUCCAGAGUCAUUUUGACCCAAAUAGAUGGAGUUCAAUCUUCAGACUAUAUUAACGCUUCAUACAUAGAUGGUUACAAAGAAAAGAAUAAAUUUAUAGCUGCUCAAGGACCUAAACAAGAAACAGUUAAUGAUUUCUGGAGGAUGAUAUGGGAGCAGAAAUCUGCAAUUAUUGUUAUGUUAACAAACUUGAAAGAAAGAAAAGAGGAUAAAUGUUAUCAAUACUGGCCAGAUCAAGGAUGCUGGACUUACGGAAAUAUCAGAGUUUCUGUGGAAGAUAGUAUCGUUCUCGUGGACUACACCAUUCGCAAGUUUUGUAUACAGUCACAACUUCAUGAUGGCUCUAAAGUUCCAAGGCUUGUAACACAGCUCCAUUUUACCAGCUGGCCUGAUUUUGGCGUGCCUUUCACACCCAUUGGGAUGCUAAAGUUUCUGAAAAAAGUCAAAACACUGAAUCCUUCACAUGCUGGACCAAUUGUGGUUCACUGUAGCGCUGGCGUGGGUCGAACAGGCACAUUUAUAGUGAUAGAUGCCAUACUAGAUAUGAUGCAUGCUGAACAGAGAGUGGAUGUUUUUGAGUUUGUUACAAGAAUCCGUAAUCAGCGCCCACAGAUGGUUCAGACUGAUAUGCAGUAUUCAUUCAUUUAUCAAGCCUUACUUGAAUACUACCUCUAUGGUGACACAGAACUAGAUGUGUCCUCCUUAGAAAAGCACCUUCAAGCAUCACACACCACUACAUCACAUCUUGUCAAAACAGGGCUAGAGGAAGAAUUUAAAAAAUUAACAAAUGUUCGAAUAAUGAAAGAAAACAUGAGAACUGGCAAUCUGCCAGCGAAUAUGAAGAAAGCCAGAGUCAUCCAGAUCAUUCCAUAUGACUUUAAUAGAGUGAUUCUUUCAAUGAAAAGAGGUCAAGAAUAUACAGACUACAUCAAUGCCUCCUUCAUAGAUGGCUAUCGCCAGAAGGAUUAUUUCAUUGCAACCCAAGGACCACUUCCUCAUACAGUGGAAGACUUCUGGCGAAUGGUGUGGGAGUGGAAAUGUCACACGAUUGUUAUGCUUACAGAAGUUCAAGAAAGGGAGCAGGAAAAAUGUUUUCAGUACUGGCCAUCAGAGGGCUCUGUAACUCAUGGAGAGAUAAAUAUAGAGAUAAAGAAUGACAGUCUUUUGGAUGCCAUAAGCAUAAGGGACUUCAUAAUCACAUUCAAUCAGGAGAAGCAGAGUAAACUUGUCCGACAAUUUCAUUUUCAUGGAUGGCCUGAAAUUGGAAUUCCUGCUGAAGGAAAAGGAAUGAUUGAUCUCAUUGCAGCUGUCCAAAAACAGCAGCAGCAGACAGGAAACCAUCCCAUUACUGUGCAUUGCAGUGCUGGAGCUGGAAGAACAGGUACAUUCAUAGCACUCAGCAAUGUUCUGGAACGAGUAAAGGCUGAAGGGCUCUUAGAUGUAUUUCAAGCUGUGAAGAGCUUAAGAAUGCAAAGGCCACAUAUGGUGCAAACGCUGGAACAGUAUGAAUUCUGCUACAAAGUGGUACAAGAUUUCAUUGAUAUAUAUUCUGAUUAUGCUAAUUUCAAAUAAAACUUCCUGCCUUAUUUUUUAAUUUAGUCUGUAAAAAUAUUUGUAAAUCAUGUUAAUUUAUAUCAUAUUUUCCAUUAUGAUAAUUCCUACUGUAAAUGAUAUUGUCUGUGUUUUGCUUUAAAAGUCACUUUUGCUGUAUAAAAUUAUAAAUUACUCAAAUAUAAAUAUCUUUUAAAAGCUAAUUAUAAUAAAUGUUCAUAUACAAAAUAUCAGUAUAUAUGUUGUUGAAUGUUAUAUACAUUUUUAACAAAAUCUUGGUUGCAUUUCUCUCUUUGCAUUUUCCAAUACAUUAAAAUAUCAAUAUUAAUUUUAUUUCCCAAGUUUAGCAGCCCCUAAAUUUUACAAAGCAAUUUUUUAUUUUAUAUUAAAUAAUGAAUCAUAGUGAAUGUGUUGGCUCUGACCCUUCUCUCACUGAGGUCAAUAACAAACAAUUGAUUUCAUGAGUAGUAAUGUUCAUUAGGAGCCAGAUUCUGACACCCUUACUCAUCUUCAGUAACACCUUACUCUACAAAUAGUCCGAUUGAAGGCAAUGAGACUGUUCCUGGAGUAAGAUGCUAUUCAGUGUGAGUAAGGGUGUCAGAAUCUGGUCCUCAAGGUGUAAUAACAUACGCUCCACUACAACUUACAAACAAACUUUAACAGCCAUGCUUUUUAAAGUCAGUAUAUUGUACACAGCUUUAUUUCAAGAUAAGCUGUCAGUUAGAAAUAACUCAGUGUAAAUACAGAGUUUAAUAAAUUAUUUGAUUUCAAUGUAGUCUUGAACAUUCAUUUUAUUCUGCUUUUUUAUUAAAUCUAAUGUAUUUUAAAUGUUCCUUACUGAAAUACAGUUUUGUAAUUUAUGAGUGAGUUUCACUAUUUUGAAGAUAUUUUGCAUGUCAGAAGAUAAAUUCUGCUGAGAAUAGUUUUGCUGAACCUGAGCUUCUGUCAACUAUUGCAAGAGGCAUUAUUCCUGUUGCCACCGACACAGAGCUUGAUAUAAUAUGUAUGAGAGAGAGAGAGACUGAGACUCUACUUGACUAGAAUAUAAAAGCAACUUCUUAAACUUUUUGAAAAAGCAUUUUAAUAUUGAAAUCACACUGGUAUCAGCAGUAAAGACUGUUGAUAGGAAAAAGCUCUUUUAAAAUGUAUAUUCUUAAAAUAAUGUCUCCAUAGUUAAAAAUCAGAUCUUUCCCUAAUACAAAAGGGGGUAUCUAUGUGUUUGCAUGUGUGUAUAUAAUGAAAUAUUUCAGAGACCUAAACAGGAUUUGGGGGACAGAAAGUACAAAAGACACAAGGCAUCUGAAUGUUGAAUAUUUUAAAAAUAUCUCUCUCAUCUUUUAAAAAAGUAUAUAAAUUGAUGAGCACAAAUAAAUAUAAAAAUAUUUAAUUUAAUGUAUAUUAAUAUGCAAUAGUUCUGUCUUGUUUAAUUGGUUAUUUUUGAAUGCAAACAUAAAAGCCUAAUUUAAAAAUAAGCAUACCUAAACUGAUGUUUUCAUUCUAGUUCUUGCACUAUUUAUCUAUCCCAUGUUCAUUUAUAAUAUCUGGAAAUAAAUAAAAGUUCAUUAUUCUUUUAAUAAUGCAAAGAGUAACAAAAGGUGUUCACACCUCUCCUUUUAUUACAUAGUGAAUUGAAAAUUGUUCAGGUUAAAAGUCUUUAAGCACAGUUUUGAAUACUGCCAUUUACUGCUUAUUGUCUUCCCAGUAAUGCACUGCUGUAUAUUUAUUUGUACAGUAAUUAUGCACUUAACAACUAAAACAAUUUGUUGCAAGACUAAAUAGUUUGAGAUUAAUGGAUUAAUUCAAAAUGCAAAAAUCUUUGACUAAAGAAAAGAAUGUUAAAUAAGCUUUCAAUUCUGGCAUGGUUUGAAAAUGGAAAAUAUAUUAAAAUGAAAGUCGUCAAAUACGUGCAGGUACAAAA